AUGUCUGCGCUGCUGUCUCUCUUCUCCUGUUGCGUCCCUGGACGGCGGUCACCUGCCUCAAGCUCAGAAAAUGCGGACUCGGAGCGGACUCCUCUGCUCCGCUCCAGUCCUUCAAGAAGUCCCAACCAAUCAGCAUCGCAUCUCUCAGAUUCCAAAGGUGGACCAUCAGCUAUAGCAGGUGCGGGCGCUCCCUCUUCUCCCGCCAAUCAAGGCGAUGACCCUGCAGGAGCAGCAGGAGCAGCGAGCAAGCCAGCAUAUACUACCGAAGAUCUAGCGAGCAUCACUGGCUGGGCUAGAGCAAAGUUUAUUCCAUUGAAGCAGCCCAAUGUACUCUCCGAGAGGACGGUGGACGAGAAGGGGAAGAGUAGGGGGGCCUUGCUAGAAGAAGUGGAGAUGGACAAGGCAGAGUUGGCCAGUGUGGGUCAGCCCGAUGAUCAGCUCAAGUCCUUGAUCGAGAAGCUUGCGAAAGGGCUCGCCUUUGAUGGCUGGACGGGACAAGAGACCGACGACAAAGAACGAGAUCGAGAUGCAAGAUCAGAGUCGGGUUCAGAAGCCGGAAAGUAG